CAACAUCAACAGCAGUUGAAAAUUCAUCAAAAACAAUAACAGCAACAUUCGCGACACCAACCUCAUCGCCAGUAACAUCAACAACGUCACCAACUUCAACAACUGCGUCGCCAACGUCAACAACUACAACAUCAGCAGCAACUACAUCGACAAAUGAUGAGGUAGAUGAGUUGAAAAAGUUAUGCCUGCACUUGCAAUACAUCAUGGAUCAGCAGUUGAAGGAGAGAGAGAAACUUCAACAACAUAACGAACAACUACAGCAACAAUUACAACAACAACAACAACAAUCCCUCCAACAACAACAACAACCUCAAAAGCAGCAGCAGCAAAAACAACAUCGUAAAAAUAAUCAAAACCAGCAUAGAAACGACUCCAACAGUUGUGUUGAGGACGGAAUUUGUGCAAAACACCUAACAGAGAUAAAGAAUUUGAGAAGAGAGCUCGAGGCCUGCAAACUGGUGAACGAGAACCUGGAGAUGAAGUACAGCAAGGACGUCAGCAAUGUGACCAACAACUUCCAGAGUAAGAUUGACCAGUUGAAGGAUUCGUUGAGAGAGAAGGAGAUAGCAACAGCCAGGUGUGGCACCAUUAACUCCGACAUACACAAACUUACUAAACUACUGGAAGUUAAGGACGUUGAACUGGCCUCAAUAAAGAGAGAGUUCGACAACAUGAAGGACCAGUCAACCUCGAGGGAUGUCCAACUUAAGUUUCUGCAGCAGAAACUCAGGCAGGAACAAGAUGCUCUCAAA